UAUUUAUAAAUACCAACCUUAUUAUAACGACCUCUCUUCAUCAAGGUGCCACAAUCCAGAUCUCUUCCUCUCUCUCUUUCUCUAUCAUCUUCUUCUCAUUAUUAAUUCUAUACCCAAAAAUUGUAGCUUUUUCUCCUACUCAAAUCUGGGCUCGGCUUCCGUUUCCGGGUCUCACUAACUACUUGGAUAUGGCUACCAAUUAUAAACCAAAGAAUAUUCUUAUUACUGGAGCUGCUGGCUUCAUUGCAUCCCAUGUUUGCAACCGACUUAUUCGGAACUACCCUGAGUACAAUAUUGUUGUACUUGACAAGCUUGAUUACUGUUCAAAUUUGAAGAACUUGCUUCCUUCCCGAUCAUCCCCCAAUUUCAAGUUCAUCAAGGGAGACAUUGGCAGUGCUGACUUAGUCAAUUUCAUCCUGCUCACGGAGUCAAUUGAUACAAUAAUGCAUUUCGCAGCUCAAACCCAUGUUGACAAUUCCUUUGGAAACAGUUUUGAAUUUACUAAAAACAACAUAUAUGGUACUCAUGUCCUCUUAGAAGCCUGCAAAGUCACUGGUCAAAUCAGAAGGUUCAUCCAUGUGAGCACAGAUGAAGUGUACGGUGAAACAGAAGAAGACGCUGUUGAUGGAAAUCAUGAGGCUUCCCAGCUCCUCCCCACAAAUCCAUAUUCUGCUACAAAAGCUGGGGCAGAAAUGCUUGUUAUGGCAUAUGGGCGAUCGUAUGGAUUACCUGUAAUAACAACUAGAGGAAAUAAUGUGUAUGGGCCUAAUCAAUUCCCCGAAAAGCUCAUUCCAAAAUUCAUUCUCUUGGCUAUGGAAGGAAAGCCACUUCCUAUUCAUGGUGAUGGAUCAAAUGUUAGGAGUUAUCUUUAUUGUGAAGAUGUUGCUGAGGCAUUUGAAGUUAUUCUUCACAAAGGUGAGGUAGGCCAUGUCUACAACAUUGGGACGAAAAGGGAGAGGAGGGUGAUUGAUGUAGCCAAAGAAAUAUGUUCUCUCUUCUCCAUGAACCCAGAUACACAUAUCAAGUAUGUGGAAAACAGACCAUUUAAUGACCAAAGAUACUUUUUGGAUGAUGAAAAGUUGAAAGUGUUGGGCUGGGCUGAAAGAACUACCUGGGGGGAGGGUCUCAAGAAGACAAUGGAAUGGUAUGUCAAGAACCCUGAUUGGUGGGGAGAUGUUUCUGGUGCAUUGCUCCCUCAUCCAAGGAUGCUGAUGGUGCCGGGAAUAGAAAGACAGUUUGAUGGAUCUGAUGCUAGUGAUUCCAUUUCCGCUUUUGCUGUAGACAAAUCUACUCAGAGUCAGAAUGUGGUUCCAGCUUCUAGGAACGAUCCACCUGCUCAGAAGUCAUCCCUGAAGUUUCUGAUUUAUGGUAGAACAGGAUGGAUUGGAGGUCUUCUUGGGAAAAUCUGUGAGAAGCAAAGUAUACCUUAUGAGUAUGGAAAGGGAAGAUUGGAGAAUCGAUCACAGCUCUUGGCAGAUAUUCAAAGUACUAAACCAACCCAUGUCUUUAAUGCUGCUGGAGUGACUGGCAGGCCCAAUGUAGAUUGGUGUGAAAGUCAUAAACCCGAGACAAUUCGGGCAAAUGUUGUUGGUACAUUAACUCUGGCAGAUGUGUGCAGAGAGCAUGGCCUCCUACUGAUGAAUUAUGCCACUGGUUGCAUCUUUGAGUACAAUGACGCGCAUCCAAUAAGAUCUGGCAUUGGAUUUAAGGAGGAAGACACUCCUAAUUUCAUAGGAUCUUUUUACUCUAAAACCAAAGCCAUGGUGGAAGAACUAUUGAAAGAAUAUGACAAUGUUUGCACCCUAAGAGUUCGAAUGCCAAUAUCAUCUGAUCUAAACAAUCCUAGGAACUUCAUCACAAAGAUUACACGUUAUGACAAAGUGGUUGACAUUCCAAACAGUAUGACUAUCUUAGAUGAGCUACUUCCCAUUUCAGUUGAGAUGGCGAAGAGGAACUGCAGGGGCAUUUGGAACUUCACAAACCCAGGUGUUGUGAGCCACAAUGAGAUCCUGGAGAUGUACAAGAAAUACAUGGAUCCAAAUUUUCAGUGGUCAAAUUUCACGCUAGAAGAACAGGCGAAGGUGAUCGUUGCACCUCGCAGCAACAACGAAAUGGAUGCAUCUAAGUUGAAAAAUGAGUUCCCUGAGUUGUUAUCAAUCAAGGAUUCACUUAUCAAGUAUGUGUUUGAACCCAACAAGAAAACCUCUGCCUGAUUGGAAUUUCAAGCAUUAGUCCUCUCUACUCUACCAGCCUACCUAUAUAUGCAUUUUUUAGUACAAAAAUGUCUGCAUUUUUAUUCAAUAGUUACAUUAUUUAUCAUUCUAGCUACUUCCACAAGUUGAUAUUAUUUAUUGGGUUUAGUUUGGUUAUGGUGAUAAGAAGCCUUGAGUGCUUCAGAAUAUCUAAAUAACUUUCUGGCCAUGUAAUCUUUCUAAUUUAUUGAAAUAUUAUUAUCAUUUAUGCCUUA